CACGCACGAUCCAACGUAACGACGAUAUCACCGUCGAUUCCGAUCAAUUUAGAAAGUCUCUUUUUCGAUAAGAACAGGAAUUCUGCAAGGAAAUGUCGAAAACAACUGAUAGUCUGGCAUCUACCUGUGUCCUGUGUUGUCAGGAGAUCAAGAUUUUUGCCAUAGGGCCUUGUAACCACCCCAUCUGUUUCAAGUGUUCUACCAAGAUGAGGGUGAUCUGUCAUCAAAUGUAUUGUGCAGUGUGCCGCUCUGAAAUGCCAAAGGCCAUAUUCACCAACAAGUUGCAUCCUUUUGAUGGGAUCAUCUCUCACAAGUUUCCCAACGAUCGCAAGAGUGGCAUCUUCUUUGGUACCACUCGCAUUCAGGAGGAGUAUCGCAAAAUCGUGGCCAACAAGUGUCAGAUCUGUGGCAUCAAGCGGGAACCAGAUGCAAGCUUCAGGAAGCUUCAGGACCACAUGCGAAAAGAACACACGCUCUUCUUUUGUCAGCUAUGCGUUGAUCAUAUUAAGGUGUUGCCAUCCGAGCGUAAGUUUUACACUCGCAAGGAGCUAGCUCUUCAUCGUCGUUCUGGAGACCAAGACGAUACCUCCUACCGUGGCCAUCCUCUUUGUGAGUUCUGUGAUGAUCGUUACUUUGACAAUGAUGAGCUUCAUCGCCACCUGCGCAAGGAUCAUUACUUCUGUCAUUUCUGUGAGACCGAUGGUGUGACCAAUGAAUACUAUAGUGAAUACGAAGACCUGGAGGACCAUUUCCGCUCGGACCACUUCCUCUGCGAAGAAGACAAAUGCCGUACUGAGAAGUUCCUUGGCGCGUUCCGGUCCGAGAUUGAUCUCAAGGCCCACAAGGCUAAGUGCCACUCUGGUAAAAUGACCAAGAUGCAAGCUAAGCAGACUAGACAGGUGGACGUAGAGAUCAAUCUACCAUCAAGGCAGAGAGACUAUCCACGAGGACAGAGAGAUGGUGCUCAUGGUGGUGGAGCUAGAGGUGGAAGAAACAGAUAUCAAAGAGACAGAACCUCCAGAGACACAGAAAUGGCAAUUGAAGCAUCCCUGGAAACAGCACAUCGAGAAGAAGUGCAACGGCAAGAUGAACGGAAAAAGAAAAUUGUUGUUAAAGCGAAAAAAGAGGAAAGGAGAACUCGUGGUAUUGGACGCCGAAGACCAGAUUCUCCAGUAGAUUCCUUACAGCCCAAAACAGAGACGAAGAAUAGAUUGGUAGUUGAGGAAGACAAAGAAAAUGAAAUUUUAAAGCCUGGUGGCGGCAUUGACCCUAUAUCCAAUGCAGAUACUUACGCUUCAAAUAUUGAUAAGAAAGCACCAGAUUUAGCUGACUUUCCCACAUUGGCUGAACCUAGCCAACCUUUUCAGAUGGGAGGAAAGUGGGCUACAGCAUCCCACCAGACUCCAGACGAUUUCCCGUCUCUAGGAAAUGGAGAUGGUACCGUUAAUAAUAUUCCUUUAAACACAGCUCCAUCAUUUGGGUUUUAUAGUUCAUUACUUGGAAACAAUGCUGCUCCAGUAUCAUCAACAGUGGAAGCUAGGCAAACUGUCCCACGAAGAGCCGAUGAUGAUGCAGAAUUCCCUACUCUGAGUUCGAUUGCUAGUUUGCUAGGUGGAAAUCAGAAAAAGAAUACAACAAAGAAAAAUAAAAAUAAACAGCCUCAAGUUAGUACUGCAAAUCAAGACUCCAAGGUCAUGAAUUAUAGUUCAGCAAUGGAAACUAGUGGGAAGGGAAAUAAAAGUGAGAAAAGCAAUGUUGAUGCCAAGGUGAAAUUAGCCACAGAGAAGCCCGCAACUUCUGUUGCCUCCGAACCAACAACCAUUAUUGAUCCUAGUGCAUCCUCAGUGUCUUCGGAUUCCUCCAAUUCAAGACCUCCUCCAGGUUUUGCCGCCUUUCCUGCGCUGUCAUCAUCUAGUGUCCGUGCACCACCUCCUGGUUUCUCUACAUCUUCUGUCGCUAAGCCUCUUCCACCCGGUUUCACUUCCCUACCAGCCUCUACGACAUCGGGACCAGAGUUUGUUCAGCCUCCAAACUUCAAGCAGCGGAACCGAGAUCUUGUGGCCAAGAUCCAAGGCUUCUGCUUCGACGAUGACGAAUUGUUCGGUCAGUUCAAACAGGAUUCUGGCGAGUUCCGUCAGGGUAUGAUCCCUGCCCAUGAAUAUUACCGUCGCUGCAUGCAAACUCUUUCAGAAGAAAACUUCCAGAGUGUAUUCAACGAGUUGGUCACUCUUCUGCCAGAUCUGGCGAAGCAGCAGGAUCUCCUCGCGGCUCACAACGAUUACAAGGCGACCAAGAAACAGGCCCCGAAAGACACCGUCUUGAAGAUCAGCAACGCUAAACCUUCAAAAUCAAGUUCUAAAGCAUGGAAGUCGUCUACGGGUAAGACGGAGAGUAGCACUGUGUGCUCUGUCUGUUCUCAAAUUGUUCUUGCCAAAGAUCUAGCAGAACAUAUGAAUGUCCAUGAUGACUUUCCUGCUCUGUCAUCGAGCAAGUCAUCAAGGCCAGUUCCGACACCAGCAUGGAGUGCUCCCUCGUGGGGCAGGGGAAAAUGAACUUGCAUCUAAAUAAAUUUGAUUAUCUCUGACUUCAAUCGUACACUUGUAACCCUGAGAGCACUUCUAUUACAAUAACUUUUUGAGUCAGUUUUAGUUUACCUUUAAAUUUCUUUCAUUUCUUUUCUUUUGUUUCUUGACUUCUCCUUCAUUUUCAUACCACUUGUUCUUGUUUUGUUUUACCAUGGUUUUCAACCAAUGAAUAAGUUGUACACAUGUAUGGACAUCAAAGAAAUAAUUUGGUGUACCAGUAUGCUUUACCAAGAGUAAUGCAACUGAUUUGUUUAAUGUAAGAUGCGUGUAGUAUGGGUUCAUUACCGUAUUCUUUUACUAGCAUCUGAAACGCAUGGGUGGUAUUCUGAUAAAUAAUAUAAUCUAGGCUAAUCCGAAACUGAACAUGAAUGAAUGCUGAAUUUCACCUUCCUCCGUAUCCAUAACAGAUAAUUGUACCAAAUUAAUUAUGCUAAUUUAUGCGUAAAAUCAUAAGUUUGCUCUAAUUAAUAAAACAAUGCCCAUGAAAUGCUAAUU